GUGGGCGAAAUACCUCGGUGAUUGUGUUCAGCAACAGCGCCUCGAUUUGAGGACAGGCCAGGGAAUAUUCGGCAGGGGUGGGAGAGCGGUACGUCGGAGGCAGGGGCGAUGGCUUUAUGGGGGUGGGCACAUAGGGCGGGCCUUGUCUGGGAGAGCAAUCGAGCGUAUAUGCGCGGUUUUGGAGACUGUGUUUGCUCAUGGUUGUCAGCGUGGUCGGCAUAUGGGGCGCUGGUACCAAGAUGUGGAGUAUUAGAAGGCGCUGGGAAAGGUAGUAGUACGAACCGUGGUAACCCUGCUGAAGUGGAGUCGUUCCCUUCGCAGCAGCGUCUGCAGGAGUGCACCAAUGCGUGCUCUGCGAGGAGUCGAGCGUGAUGCCCCAAGUAGAGCAAGGAGCAGCGAGCCUGCAGGAACCCG